UUCGAUGCGUAAAAGAUUUCCUCACCUGUUGGUUUUCUUAGACAGUCCAUGACGCGUGGGACCAGACCUAUGCGGGACCGACAGACAGAGGCAGCAACGAUAGCUUGUUUGGGUCGCACUCUUUUCCUACGCGCGUGGGGCACGGUGAAACCCUAGAUCGAUCAACCACUCCCCCAGCCCAAUCGGCUGGCCAACCAAAAGCCUCAUCCUCUCCCCAAUCCCGUGCCGUCUCUCCUCCUCCGGCCGCCCGAUCCAUCCAAGCGCCAUGAGCUGGUGGUGGGCGCGCGCCAUCGGCGCCGUCAAGAAGCGCCAGGACGAGAACGCCGCAGCGGCCGAGCCCACCUUACAAAGCGUCGCGCUCGUCGUCGGAUCCACCGGCAUCGUCGGCACCUCCCUCCUCGACAUCCUCCCGCUGCAGGACACCCCCGGCGGCCCCUGGAAGGUCUACGCGCUCUCCCGCCGCCCGCUCCCGCCCUGGUCCCCGCCAUCCUCCCCCGCCGUCACGAAUCUGCACCUCGACCUCGCCGACUCCGCCGCCGUCGCCGACGCCCUCGAGCCCCUCAAGGACAUCACCCACGUCUUCUACGCCGCCUGGUCCAGCCACCCCACGGAGGACGAGAACCGGCGGGCCAACUCCGCCAUGCUCCGCAACGUCCUCUCCGUCGUCGUCCCCAACUGUCCCGCGCUCGUCCACGUCUGCCUCCAGACCGGCUGCUGUCCUGCUCGUCUUCUAGCUUGCCCAUCACACACAGCAGGGCAUAGGAGGAGGACGACCAGGAGGUGGCAGAGAUGGAGCUCCUCCCUAUUCCCCUUUGCUACAGACCAAAGGUGAUGACAUGCCCUCGCUCGCUGAUCUCGAGCUUCAGCCACCGUCUGGUAGAUGUCCUGCGCAAGCCCGCUAUGCCGCCUCCAGCACUAGGAGAUGAGGCGGCUCGGAGGUCCGGCCUCCUCAUAUCCCUCUUCACCAUCCACACACUCAUGGCGGCGUACAUUGCCCACCAGAAGGACUGCAGGCUCGUCGACUUUGUGUGUGGCAUCAUCCUCGUCAAACACAAUGCCCAUAACCUGCUACUGUCGCCGAGGUUUCUUCUUAUGUUUCUUGGCAGCUUGUAGCCUUUGAGGCUCAGAUUCUUGAAUUUUCUUUUCAUAAUACCGCAUGAUUUUAAUACUUCAAGGACAUAUGAAUAGUAUGGUUUCUCUCUCUCCUAGAUUUGUUACUACCGAGAACGCUUUUGGUUGCAUUGUCAUCUGUUUUAUUGAGCUCUGAAUUAAAAUAAUACUGUAUUAAACUAUCCGUUGCAUAGCAUUAGCCCACCCUUUGUUCAUACCUUGUAUAAAGGUUGGUUCUGUGCUUUUUUUGUGUUCAUGCCAACAUUUUGCAUGCCAUAGCACCUUGGACAAAGUAGUUAUUGUCUGGUUACCUUUAGAUUUUUUGGCCAUAGUUGCUCGAUUUCUUCUCGGACAUGAAUGAGCCCCUCAGGUAUGACAGAUCUCUCUCGGAGGAUCUCUGCCAGCAUGAAAAGUUCAUGUUCCAGCGAGAAGGCUCACCAUCACCUACGUCAUGUUACUUAGUUAUCACCGACAAUAACUUCGUCUUCUCUGUGAGUGAUAUGGUUACGUAGAAGAAUGUUGAGCUCACCAGGAUGCAAGAUGGGAUGCAAGAUAUGGAGGUGGCCGGCAUCUACAGGUUGUUGCCGCUGACAUCAUACUUGCUCAGGAUCCUCAUUAUUAGUCUCGAGAUGCGAAAUCAUAGGCAUGACGCAUGGGUGAAUUUUGUUACUAUGAGAGCUUCUCUGUUUUCAGCGCUCGCGGCAUAAAGGCCUUGGUGCAUCGAUGAAUUUUAUUAGCAAGAGCCUUCUAUAUUUUUCCAUUCAACUUUGCAUCUUCCUUGACUUUCCUCAUUUGAUAAUCAUAAAAAUGACACGCACGCGUAGAACUUGGAUGAAUCUCCAAGGGUCAAGCAGAGGGACCACUCAUGCUUAAGCCUGCCAGCUUAAAUCCAUAUAAUUUCCUAAAAAGGGUGGAUUUAAAUCCAGAUAAUUUCCUAAAAAGGUUGUCGAAUGUUUCAGGUUUUAUAUAUUGUGACAUUGAACAAUGGAAAUGGAAAUUUGGUUUUGUGAGGAUCUGGUUGGAGCCUUUGCCGUCAAGUUUAUAAGCGGGUACCAUAUCUUCAGUUAACUUAUUUGUUCAAAGGAGUGAGAGGGCACUUACUGCAGAAUCUAUAGGUAUUUUCUACUGUUCAUUUCUUAUUUCGCAUGUUAGAAUGUCUAUUCUCAGUUUUGGGACUUGAUCAAUACAUGUGUUUUUGUAGCUCAUUAUAUUUUCGGUCUAUACAUGUGAUAUAAUUACAUUUAGUGAAAAAUAUUAGCUUAUGUUGAGGUAUUUCAGUUUUGAUCAUUAUACAGCCUUCCGAGCCCAUUGUAGGAUAAAUAGCAAGGUCCUUUGUUUUCUUACGAAGUUUCUUCAUAACUAAUUGUGCUCGGAGGUAUCUUCUUGCUGAGUUAAGGUUUUUUUUUUAAACGAAGACCAUCUAUAUGAAUUAAAGCUGGGCAUGCUCUUGCUGAGUUACUUCUUGGGCCAGUUUGAUUUUUUUCAUUACGUUUUGUCAGAUUCCUUUUAUUGCAUCUUCCGUUUGUAUUUCUCCAAACUAUCAGAGAACUUGGAGUUGAGACUAAGAAUCUAUUUUUAUCCUCUUUUGUCAUAUAUAUCUUGCAGAAUGUUCAGCAGGUUAUGUGCUAAUUUUUCCUCUGGUAAACAGAACUUCCUCUACGCAGGAAGUAUAUAAUGAGUUUGAUUGUGUGUUGAUAUUGAGUGCUCGCAAGAAAUUGAAAUAGGCUACAGAUUAGUUUACUUUGGUAAUCUAUGUUCAGUAGUGUCCCAGAUGUAGCAGUUCGCUUUGUAGCAACUUUGUUUCUCUAUUUUGCAUUAGUUGCCCUGUGAAGUGAACAAGGUAUGUGUGUGGUUCUGGCUGAAUACAUACCUUCUAGAGUACUAUGUAUAUGUAUCUAAAGUUUGUUGUUACCCGUGAACAUUUCUAUUAAUCAAAUCCACAAUGUGUCAUUGUUUCAAAAGACCGAGUUCAGUUAAAAAUCAGCCUUGGGACAUGCUACGACAAGAUUAUCUAGAGAGUACUUUUGCUAUUCCUUGCUUUUGUUAGUCCUGAAAAAACAGUGUUAGAUAUUGCAAUAAUUUUUUACAUUUUCCUGAUUAUAUGUAAAUGUUUGUGAUUUCGCUGUUUCGUUUUUAUCGUUGUUAUGCAAACUGUACAUAGGUGAGAAUUCAGCGGGGUCGUGCGCCAAGGCGCACAUCCUGAAAAAUUGAAAAAUAGGGUGGGGAAGGCAACUACCACCGGCGGUUGUCUGGCUUGUGGGUGCAUCCGGGUUGCCAUUUUACAACAUUAGAGAUUAGAGAAUGUACUGUUAUGUCCACAUCUGUAUUGUAUUUUGAAUCGUUCCUUUUUCAUGCAUUGACGGUCGUUUCCUUGUUUUAAUCUAUUUGAGACAUGUUUCCUGGUGUCAGCAACGCAUAGGUACCAUGUGGUUUACUCGUCUUAUUUUUCUCCUCUUUUAUCAUGUAUAUCUUGGUGAAUGUUCAGCAGCUUAUGUGCUAUUUUUCCCCUACUAAACAGAAUUUCCUCUAUGUAGAGUUUGAUUGUGUAUUCAGGUUAUUGAGUGUACAUAAGAAUUUGAAACAGGCUACAGAUUAAUUUACUUUUGGUAAUCUAUGUUCAGUUGCAUUUCCAAAUAAAUGUUUCACUUAUCCCGCAAAAAAUCCUCUAUAGUUCAGUUGCAUGACUUUAAAAAAUCCAGUUAUAGGACUGAACAUAUUUGA